AUGUUGAACAUAUUUGUGUGGUUAUCACUUUCGUUGAUUAGUCUGUCCUGGGCACAAGGAUCGCGUUAUUUACCACCACCGAAUCCGGCCAUGGAACCCAUCAUAACCAAGCAGUUUUACAGCAUAUCACCCGCCGAAGAUCCUGAGGAUCUGGAGCCAAGAACGAAACACUUGGUGAUCGGACAGCCACGCAGGAAUUACCGAGUGAUUUUCAUCCGCGCUCCAACGGGAAACAGCGAGCAUGUGAAAUAUACGGCGGAGUUGGCACCUCAGGAGGAGCGAACUGUGAUCUAUGUGCUGACCCGGAAGCAACAGGAAUUGGAGGCCGCCGAUAUUAUGGCACCGCAGCAGAAGUCUCAAGUCGAACAGAAGCCGGAUGUAUUCUUCAUCAAGUACAAAACCAACGAUGAGGCAGCGGCUGCCCAAAGGGAAAUCCAAACGCAAUACGAUCAACUUGGUGGAAAUACGGAAAUCGCAGCGCCCUAUGUGGCGCCCAUUAAAUCGGUGAUUGGAGCACUUAGUAGCCCCCAAUAUCCAGCAGCUCCAUAUCCAGUUCAAAGACAAUCUCCUGGCUAUCACUAUGAUAGGCCCGAUAGGUCCACAAUCUUGGCGCCAGUGGAACGAACUAACUGAAGCGCCGAUUAUAUCCGCAUACUAUUUGCAUAUAAUUGAUAAGACAUUUCCACCAACG